UCUUAAAACAAAACAAAGACGCCUAUAAUGAAUCAAGGGCUUUUACAAUAGCAAUAGCUUCUCCGUUUUUCUUCUGUUUCUGUUUCCACAAUGCUCUCUCGUUUCAUCUCCAAAUCCUCACACCUCCGACUCUUAACCCUGCUUCCUUCCAAAACCCACUUCUUAAACCCUAAACCCAUUUCCCCUAUAUCCUCUUUUCCCAUUCCCAAGCCAUAUUUCUUCCCCAGCAACACCCAUUUCUUCUCCACAGGUAACAACAACAAUGGCGAAGAUUCAGAGCCAUCAUCUUCUGAUUUGUGGAAACUUUCUUCUGAAUCUGAUCAAUCACUGUUCAAUGAAGACAUAGAAAGUGUUGAGGGUAUACAAACGCAGGUUCUUGAUGACGGGUCUUGGGCUAAACAAGAAGAAAAAGAAGAGAGUGGUGAUGUGUUUAAAGAAAAUAAGGGUGUUGGUGGAGGUAGGGAGGAUGAGAUUUGGGCAACCGCUGAAGGGUAUAAUAAAGCUUGGAGUUUUGAUGUGGAAGGUGAAGGAGAGAAAGUGUUUGAUGUCGGAGAAGAAGAGGUUAUAGUAGAAACUAAAAUAAUGGGUUUUGAAGAGGAGGGUAAACUUGAGAAUGCUGAGGAGAAAAAGCUUCUUGAAUUGGAAGAGAAAGCUCUUACUGAGGUUCUUAAAGGUCCUAAUCGUGCAUUUGGUGAUCUAAUAGCGGCAUCUGGAAUCACGGAUGAAAUGCUGGACAGUUUGAUUGCUUUGAGAGACCUGGAUGACAUUAAAGGGCUUCCUCCUUUGAGAGAAAUCGAAGAUAUGCGUUAUGAAAAGAAUACUAGGAAAUCAAGCAGAGCUGACAUAGAGCGCCAAAAACAGGAGGAAGUAGCCAAGGCGCGAGUCAAACAAGUAGAUGAAAAGGGAAGGGCUUAUGGGACAGGAAGAAGGAAGUGUAGUAUAGCCCGUGUUUGGGUUGAACCAGGUGCUGGUAAAUUUAUGGUGAAUGACAAAGAGUUUGAUGUAUACUUCCCAAUGCUUGAUCACCGGGCUGUUCUCCUUCGGCCUUUUACUGAAACUAAGACAUUGGGCAUGUGGGACGUGAGAUGUACUGUAAAAGGUGGCGGUGUGUCAGGUCAAGUUGGUGCGAUUCAGCUAGGCAUCAGCAGGGCAUUGCAGAAUUGGGACCCAGAGUUGCGGCCUCCUCUCAGAGAAGGUGGCUACUUGACGAGAGACUCGAGAGUUGUGGAGAGGAAAAAGCCUGGUAAAGCAAAAGCAAGAAAGAGCUUCCAAUGGGUCAAGCGUUGAACUGUUAUGGUGCUAACACUAGGAUGUCGCUGGAACUGGUAUCCCAAAGGAUUUGGUAUCAAUCACAGAAUUUUCUAUUUGGAGCCAUUGUUAACUUAUGGCACGAGUAUACAAGAUAUGUUGCCUAGAAUAUUCUAAGUUGGCUGAGUUCUAGGAUGGUUGUUUUUUGUUAGAGUUGCUUUCUCACACACAUUUGUAACAUAAUUAGCUUGAUAUAACUAUAUUUUGUAUCCAAGAGGAUAGUUUUGAGAGCUUUAAUAAUGCAGACUGCCUUUGAAGUGGUGCAAAAUUUCUCCA